AUGAUUUAUUCUCAGAGACUGCAACACGCAGAAGUGGAAGAAUGCCGCGAGGACCCACCACUUCAGAAUGAUGGGACUCCCAAGAAACCCUUGACGGCUGAGGACGCCUUGGAGAUUGCCACUGGGGAAAGCCAAAAUGUCGAGUAUACUAUUGACUCGGAUAAUUCUCCUUACCUGGAGGUUCGAGCCAACGUACCCAACACGGAUGACGUGACAUUGCCUAUAAACACGUUUCGAAUGUGGUCUUUGGGGGUUGUGUUUACUUUGGUUGGUACUGGAGUGAAUCAAUUCUUUUCCAUGCGGUAUCCCAGUGUAACAAUUACUUCGCUGGUAGCGCAGCUGAUCAGCUACCCUGUUGGCUGCUUUUUUGCGAAGGCAUUUCCUAUCAUGUCAAUUCGCGUCUUUGGUAUCUAUAUAUCUAUCAAUCCAGACCAUCAUUUUAAUGUCAAGGAGCACGCCGUGAUUACGAUCAUGUCGAACCUGAGUUUCAAUCAAUCAUGGGCAAGUGCGAUCAUCCAGGCUCAAAAAGUAUAUCUGAAGAUGGAGACACCAGUAGGAUAUCAGAUUCUGCUGUCGCUGUCAAUGCAGAUGUUUGGUCUUGGGCUCGCUGGUCUAGCAUACCGGUAUAUUAUCGAGCCACCACAAAUGAUUGCAUAUAACACUUCACCUCUGGUGAUCCCAUUCUGGGCACAAGCUAAUGUGUUCGCCGGCUGGUUUUCUGUAUACGCCGUGGUUGCACCAAUUCUUUAUUAUACGAACACUUGGUUUACGGCGUACCUCCCCUUAACGGGCUCGGAUGCCUAUGACAAUACAGGAAGCAUCUACGACUCACGUCGUAUAUUGGAUGAUACAGGAGCUAUUGAUGAAGCAAAAUAUCGAGAAUACAGCCCGAUUUUCCUACCAAUUACUUUUGCACUUAGCUAUGGAUUGGGGUUUGCAGUCCUGAGUUGUCUCUUGACGCAUGUUGUUCUGAACCACAGCAAAGACAUCUUGAGUACCUUUAAAGGCAAGAGUAAGAAAGACAUCCAUGCCAGGUUAAUCUCUCACUAUCCGGAUGUUCCGUGGUGGUGGUAUGCUGUCCUAACGUUGAUUAUUAUGACUGUGGCUGUUUUGACGCAGUACGUCUGGCACACAGGUCUUCCUUUCUGGGGUGUUCUUAUUACGCUGGGGCUAGCUGCCCUCUAUGUGAUUCCUGUCGGCACCGUAUAUGCUGUUGCGAACUUGAAUAGUAAUGUUUUGACUGUGCUCGGUGAGGUCGUUUCUGGCUAUCUCAUCAAAGGAAGGCCACUUGUUCUUCUUAUAUUCAAGUUUUACGCGUAUACUGGUCUCAGCCAAGCGAUGUUCUAUGGCGCUGACAUGAAGCUUGGAUUAUACAUGAAGAUUCCUCGUCGAACAUUAUUUGUUGCACAAGUUGUUGCCUGCAUACUUGGUACGUUGACGCAAAAUGGCGUCUUACUCUGGAUGCUCGGUAAUGUCGAGAAUGUGUGUGCAAGUAAUCAAUCAAACAACUUUACCUGCCCUCAAGGCCGAGUGAAUUAUAAUAGUGCAGUUUUCUGGGGAGCGAUUGGACCGGCGCGGCUGUACAACAUUGGACAGAGAUAUUCAGGACUUCUGCAUAUGUUCUGGAUAGGAGCAUCGCUUCCGAUCAUUACCUUUAUUCUUCGAAAGAAAUUCCCUCAAAGUCGAUUCCUUGACGCAAUCCAUUGGCCGAUCUUCUUCGCUGGCACGGGGAACUUGCCUCCAGCAACUGGAAUCAAUUACACUACCGCGUUUGCGGUUAGCUUUAUCUUCAACAAAAUUAUUAAGGGCCGCAAGCCCAACUGGUGUCAAGAGAAGGGACUGACUUGCUCAACGCAGUUGGUUCUGAAAUGGGAGUCCGAAUUCGUGAGUCGCGGUCUGGCCUUCGGUCGAGCCGGCGUCUGGAGUAAGUCUCGGGCCACUGGCGGGGCGCAAGCUACAACGUCCCCUUCCCCGUCUGCAUCAUUGCUUCGCGAUGACCAUGAGUGGUGUCUGAUUCCUAUAGUGGAAUCAUGGGGGUUUGUCAAUAGUGGUGUUUCGACCUUUGAACAGCCUGAUCAAGUGAAUGUUGCGUGCGAUGAGCUCAAUACUGUUGUAGUUCGUGGGAAGGAUAGGCCUGGUUUUAGUGACGAGGUGCAUGAAGGGGGCUUGAUUCGGUCCUUGUCGAUAAACACUGCAGAUUCCAGGUCUGCUAGGUUUCAGAGCCUGCCAGAUCUGACGGCGUGUUUAUCAAUGUUUCCUCAUAUUGUCGAACCGAUCCAGGGAACCCUUUUUGACUAUUAUUUGAGUCAGGUCUGUCCUCGAACCACUGCCAGCUCGAAACUGUCGUCGCCGUUUGCAUCAAUCAUUCUUCCAUUCUGCAUUUCUGCGUCACCGGUACUGUUUAAGGCCAUACAGGCUUUAGGGGCGUGCCAUUGGUCUCGAUUUGAUCCGAAGUACAGUGUUAUAGGGCUUCGGCUUAAGUCAGAAGCCCUAAGAGGUCUCCGUCAUCGGCUUGCUACAGAAGGGUCGUUGAUCUGUUCUGCAGAUCCGGAGGUGUUGACGAUCAUGAUGAUGCUGUGUCUCUAUGAGAUUGUUGAUAAUUGUGAUGAAAGGUGGACGAUCCACCUGAAAGGUGCAAAGGAGUUGAUUCGCCUUCGACGACAGCAACAGAUGAUCACAUCGAAAUCAGGUGGUGCCCACGAUCCGGUAUCUGGAUUUGCUGAACUCUUUUUCGCAUUUCAAGAUGUCAUGGGCCGCACCGCCUGUGGCGAGGAGGUGCUAUUUGGGAGCGAUUAUUGGCAGGAGAAUGAGCGUCAUGUUGAUCUCUGGAUGGGCUGUAGCCCGGAGCUGGUCUCUAUCUUGUCUGCGAUUACGGAGAUGAGUCGGACGAGACGGCAGCUGGCUUCGGAUUCGACACAGGUCGCAUUGUCGUUACGCGCAGCAUCUCUUGGACGGAAGCUUGAGAAGUUGGUGCAGGAGAUUGACGAUGAUGAAGACGAGAUCUUGCACUCUGCCGCAGAACUGAAACGCUUAGCGGCUGUAUUAUAUUUGCAUUGCGCGUUAUAUGGUGCAUCUCCGACGACACCUUUGGUUGUGGGCUAUGUUCGGAGUAUUCUGCAGCUCAUUUCAGAAUUACUGGAUUCCGGAUCCCUCGUGAGCAUGACUUGGCCAGUUUUCGUGGCAGCUGUGGAACUGAAUCCCCUACAUGACGAGAUCUGGUCCGAUUCACCCGAUGGGGCAGUAGUAUAUGGCCGCCCACUCAUUCUGCAUGCAUUAGCCGCUAUGGCGGAAUCAAGCGUCUCCAAUGUUGCCCGUACAAGGGCUGUCAUUGUCAAAUCGCGUGAUGCUGCACCAAUCAGCAACACUGAGAAGCCAGGCGGGGCUGAAUUCGCGGAGUCUAGUGACCAGGACGUCAGUGCUGCUUGA